GAAAAAGCUGCCGGGUGUUUUUCGCGGCAGGAAAAGUUUAUUUUCGACUGCACUAUUUUCUCCUCUGCGUUGACUUUUUUAAUGUAAAUUUUGCCCUCAUUUCUUAUUCCCUUCUUUCUUCUAUUCUCUCAUUUCUCUACUUCAGUCCCAGUUUUCUUGACGGCGAGAGACCUAGGAAAAGGAAAAAGGAAGUACCGGAGGAUAAAUGUCGAAGCUUCCUCGCAACCACAGCGGAGGCACAAUUCGGCCACCCAGCACUGGGAUGACGCUGUCGCGCGUGCACGCCGAUUUCAAUGAGCAUUCGUCUGGGCUGCCUACCCUUGCCCAGCGCUCAGGCACAGUUGGUCGGCGCGCAACACUCUCUAGCAGCACAUUCAUGGUACCGGCCGAGAAUUCGUCUCCGACACCCAACCGAGCAUCUGGAAUUCCAGGCACUCUGUCACGAGCAUCACACGGCAGCAGCGGGGCUGGCAGCCCAACCUCAGGGCUGCCCAUGGCGCACGGGCUGAUGACGCCAGGGCAUUCGGCGGGUGUGAAGGAGCCUGUAGCACGCGGCGGGACGAUUGCCCGUCCGUUCAGCCAGCAGAAUGCACCUGUGCAUGCAAAGGACUUGUUUGCGGGUAAUAGUGCUGCACCAGCAAAGCCGGCCACGCCGUUGAAUCGUGGCCACGCGCUCCGCAAAACCAUUGAGGGAUCGCCCAUAGCUAGCAAUGCUGACCGGCCACAGUCGCCACUGGGCGUGCGUGUCGGCGACCCCGUAUUCAUCCCGUCCAUGUCACUCAGCGGCACGCUGCGCUUCCUGGGUGCGAUUGACGGGAAGCAGGGGACGUGGGCUGGUGUUGAGCUCGAUGAACAAGGGAAGGGGAAGAACGACGGCAGUGCUGGAGGCAAGGCGUACUUUAGCUGCCCUCCUAAAACGGGGCUGUUUCUGGUGCAUUCCAAGGUCGAGCCCCAGCCCAGCCCCACUGGCGCCCUUGCCGAGCAGCCCAAGCCGCAUGCGCAGGAAGCAGCUGCCUCGCCAAAGACGCCUAGUGUGAUGUCUGGUCGUGCAAGCAGGCUGGCUGCCAUGUCGACGAACAUGAAGCGGGCGGCGAUCAUCCGCGGUCCUGGGGCCACCAAAAGUCACGCAAAGCCCGCGCAACAGCCUGCCACAAUUCGCCGCCCAACACUGACUCGACCUGGAGCCUCAGCUAUCGACACGGCUCGCCCGCGCGCACCCUCCACCAUUCGUCGCAACACCAGCCAGCGUACAGGCACGCCGUCUCCGUCGCGCCCCACGUCCAGCACGCCAACGUCAUCGCUGGGAGACCCAAACCCAAGCUCUCCACGUCCGCGCAUUGCGCCCAACCGCGUCACAUCGCCCGAUAGCAGCACUGGUCUCGGCCGCCGCCGCACUGCACUCAAGCCGCCGCAGCCAUUGACCAGCGAUGAUGGCAGCGCGAAGAAUGUGCCUACUGGAAACGAACUUGAGCGGAUGCGGCUGCGCAUCGAUAUGCUGGAGGCUGAGAACCGCGUGCUUCGGCUCAAGAACGAGCAUGGGAAGGCGCACCUGGCGGCUGGGCAGAUGCUGGCUCGCGACCUGGCUCUGGUUUCGCCUGACAGUGCCAGCCCGCCCAAUUCCAAGGGUCAUGGAAUGGGAAAGAAUCGCACAGCGCACGAUAACUUGACAUGGCAGCUGCGCGAGGAGCGAGAGAUGCGCGAUCGGGAGCGUGAGGCGAGCCAGCUGCAGAUCACUGAACUCGAGCGCCAGAUCAAGGAGCUCAGCGAAUCUCCGCCGCCGAGUGAUCUGGCCAAUGCUCAGUCCAGCGCCGAGCUGGAACCGCUGAAGGCACAAAUCGCUGACCUCGAGGAGAAGCUUGCCAAUGCUAUGCAGCAGCACACUGCAGCAGCCGAUCAGCUGGCGGAAUCAGCCUCCUCUCUCGACACGCUGCAUGAGCAAGUGUCGGCCAAGGACCAUGAUAUUGCGGUACUGACGAGCAAGUUUGAUCGCACGGCGGCAGAGCUAGCACGCACUACGCAAAAGUACACCGAGCUCAUGCAGGAGCAGGAGCAGCGCAACGCAACCGAUGUCAUUGAGGAAUCGGAACAUGUGGAGAAGCUCACGAAGCAGGUCGAUAGCCUGCGCCGCGCACUGUCUGCCGCUGAGGAUCAGGCGCAUGGCGCAAACUCUGAGCUGCAUGACGUUCGCCAGGCGAAGGCAAUGACAGAUGCUGAGCUGACAAAGCUACAGACAGCAUAUUCCCAGCUGGAGAGCAGGACGGCUGGGUUCGAUGCGCAGGCCAAGCAGCUGGGGGCGUUCCGCGAUUGCCUCGAGCACAUUACCAAAGCCGUGCCGACGCACCUCCCCGGUUCCGAGCUUGACGAGUCUUCGGACAUCAGCGUCCGUGCGCAGCAUCUUGUCGACCAGCUUGCGGAUUUGGCCGAAUCCACCUCAACACGCGUUGGUGAGCUGACCAGCGCAGCUGAGGCCACUGCGGCACGCAUUGCCGAGCUUGAGCAAGAGCUGGAGGCUGCCAAGCAGCCCGCUCCUGGUGGUGACGUCGACAGCGAUGCUGAGAGCAACGGCUCUUCAGUGAGCCCCGCCGCCCACAUCAAGACCCUUCGCGCCCGCGUCGCCGAGCUCGAAACAAUGAACGAUGAGCUGAUCACCGAGCGAGUGCAGUUCCUCGACGAGCAGCGUCUGGUCAACGACUACCUGGAGAAGCUCGAGUCCGAAAGCAACCGCCUCGUCGAGGACAUCGAGCAGCUGACUGCCGAGAACCAGCGUCUUGUCGAGGACCUGCGUGCGGUCAGUCUGCAGAACAGCACGGUGUCGCUCGACAUGACGCAGGUGGACAAGAAGCUGUCGCACCAGUCGGGCGAGUCCAACGCCGAGGAGGACGGCGGGCAGCAGCAGCAGCAGCAGCCAGUCGAUAACAGCAGCGAGUGGAGUGCGCAGCUCGAGUCUCUGCGCGCCUCGCACCGUGCUGAGGUCGCCACGCUGAAGUCACAGCUGGUCGAGCUCGAGAAGCGCAAGAACGCCGAGAGCAAGAAGCUGCACGACGAGAUCAGCUCGCUGGAGAAUCUCAUCGAGGACAAGAUCUUUAGCGAAGAAGACUUCACCAACCGGAUCAACGAGCUCACUGACGAAGUCGACCGCUUGCAGCGCGAGAUCCAGCGGCUCCGCCAGGGCGGCGGCAGCGGCGGCAGCAGCGGCAGCGGCAGCAGCAGUACAAAGGCAAAGAGCCCGUUGCCAGCACAGGACGCAGACACUCUCGCUGCCUCGAUCUCUGCCUCAGUCGACCUAAACGACGAUCUUGGUGAUAGCGAGGAGUACUGCGAUGUGUGCGAUGAGCACGGCCACAGCAUUGCCGACUGUCCACUGAUGGCGACUCCGUCCGACCUGUUCAAGCAGGAGGCAAAGACCGACAGCUCCCGCAUGUACUGCGACAAUUGCGAGGCCUUCACCGACCACUGGACAUCAGACUGCCCGCACGACGACGAGACCUUCUAGGCACUGCUCCCCUGUCUCGCGCCCUGUUUAUUGUUAUCACUAAUAGUGUUUCCCACACGCUACAUCCACCACCUUGGCGUGCUCUGGCAAGUUGCAGUGCUAUGUAGGCGAUGUUUAUUUAAAAGUCAUUUACUGGCUAAGCGCAAUAAAUGGUGAAAGAGUU